CAUCCGUUGACCACUGUCAGUUCGCACGGGUGUUCUCGUAGCAAAACGUACAUAGGCAUAUACAUACUUAUAUAGUACAUACCUAUAUCGGUACGUCCCGCGUAUAACUACACAGAGAUAAUUCAUUUGAGUACUUAUUAAAAUUUCACGCUAAAAAUUAAUAUCAAUUAAAAAUUAUAAUAUUCAAUAUACUUUUUUUAUACCUGUACCAAAGCUAUGUACAGGAUUCUUAUAUCUACGCGGAGUUUAUACCUGUUAUAAUUACUUUGCACAUAUUAGAUGUAAAAAAUGAAAAAAUAAAUCGUGAAGCCAAAAUACAAAACAUUUAAAAAAGAAAAAAGCAAAUUUGGAUAAUUUUGGAUUAAAUGAAUGUAAAAAAACUGUUCGAAAGAUAAACAAAAAAAAGAAAUAAAAGGAAAAACAUUCGGUGAAGUGACAAUUGAACGUAACGGAGAGUACUCCGCUACUGCGAGAAGAAGAAGAGGGUGAGAUGGAUCAGCAAAAGAAGAUUGCAGUAUUUCCGCCGUCAACGGAAAGCUUCACCAAAGAGGGAAGAAAGCUGCCCCAAUACUGUGCAGCUUUAUCUGCUACACUCGGAGCUCUAGCAUUUGGUUCAGCUCUUGGUUGGUCAACGGCUGCAGGUGACAAUGGUGUAGAUCUGAUAGCAGAAUAUGGGGUUCCCAUGAGCAUUUCAGAGUUCUCAUGGAUGGGCUCAAUAACAAACGUAGGAGCAGCAUUGAUGUGUCUUCCAAUUGGGACUGUGAUGGACCAUCUAGGCCGCCGACCAAGCAUGCUUCUUUUGGUAAUUCCAUUCACCAUUGGCUGGGCAUUGCUAAUCUGGUCAAACUCAGUAGCGAUGUUUUGCAUUGGGAGGUUUUUGGUGGGUGUUGGCGGUGGAGCCUUCUGUGUCGCAAUUCCAGUUUACACUGCAGAAAUAGGUGAGACUAGUAUCCGCGGAAGUCUCGGAUCAUACGUAGAGCUGAUGCUUUGUGCAGGUGUUGUAAUAUCCUACUCAUUGGGUGCUUUUGCAACAAUAUACCAGCUGUCACUGGUCUGUGCAAUGAUUCCACUGAUAUUCCUGGUUGUUUUUUACUUCAUGCCGGAAAGUCCUAUCUAUUGUUUGAUGAAGAACAGGGAAGACCUCGCAAGAGCAAGCCUCUUGUGGUUGCGAGGCCCUAACUAUGACAUAGAAAAAGAAAUUAAUAUCCACAAAACAGCCUUGGAGGAAGAAGCAAGGAACAAGGGUUCAUUCUUGGAAGGUAUCAGGUCAAAAGCCGCCCAAAAAGGAAUAGUAAUUGCCUAUGGUCUAAUGAUAUUCCAGCAGCUGAGUGGCAUAAAUGCGAUCGUAUUUUACACUGGAACAGUAUUCGGUAAAACCGGUAGUAUAUCCCCAGAAAUAUCGACGAUUAUUGUUGGCGCCUUGCAAGUACCGGCGGUCUUUAUAAGUACUCUGCUAGUGGAUAGAGCCGGUCGUAAGAUCCUGCUUCUAAUUUCCAUAAUUUCAAUGAGUAUUGGGACAUUUGCAGUCGGCAUUUAUUUCUACCUAGAGCAUAUUAAGGCUGACGUGUCACAAAUAUGGUGGCUUCCGUUGAUUGCAGUCAGCUUUUACAUCUUCAUGAUCAGUAUUGGUAUUGGUCCGAUCCCCUGGAUGAUGGUUGGAGAAAUAUUUAGCCCACAGAUAAAAGGCAUAGCUGGAAGUAGUGCUGGUUUUUUGAAUUGGAUGAUGGCGUUUAUCGUAACAAGGUUUUACAAUGACCUUCUAGCAAUUUUUGGGCAACACACAAUGUUUUGGAUCUUCAGUGUAAUUUGUGCCAUGGGUGCGGUGUUCGUUGUAUUCAUAGUACCAGAAACAAAAGGAAAAUCUCUGGAACAGAUUCAAAUAGAACUAAGUGGAAAGCCUGUACCAGAGUGUGAAAUAACAAAGGCUUGAAUAUGAAAAGUGACAACACAAAGACCAAACUUAUUCCAUUAAUUGACUAGCAACGUGAUAAUCUGUUUUAAUGUACUGUGCCAAAUUUUACGGAGUGUACAGAAGUGCGGUCAGACGAGACAUGUGAUAAUAAGUUUUUAAUUUUUGAAGUAUCGACGCUAAUACCGCCAUUUCUGCUCAGUAAAACCCUGAACUUUUCAUCUAAGAUAAAGUUUAGUCAUGAAAUAAAUUUGUCUGCUUUUAAAAUAUAAACCAUUAGAAAAAGAGUUGCACUAUGCAAUAACAUAAACUAAUGUCUCUGAUAAACACAUUGUUUAUCAUAUGACAUAAUAACAACCCGAAGACUCGCCUUUCAUACCAUUGUCGUCGAAUAUUUCGUGCAUUUAGAAUAAAACUGUUGAGAUGUUUUCGCAAAGCCUUUGGAACAAAAAAAAUAUUUGUGACUGAAAGUUGUCUCGUAAAAAGUUUUAGAUUAGUAUUUCUAGUGCAGCAAGGAUCGUGACCAAUAGGAUAACAGAUUAAUGACGAUAAGCCAAAAGUGCUCAUAUUGAAAAACUGAUUGACGUUUAUCAAACAGCAAUGCAACUAAUUAAGUCUUUUAAUAUUUCUUGUACGUAGCAUACUUAAACGUCUGGGCCAAAUAUCGCAAGUAAUACCAUUUGCUCUCUCUUUGAAAUGACAAGGAGAAUAUUAAUUAUAAGUUAAACUGCAAAAACUGGUUUGCUAUUGCCUACAUUUAAGAUUAUCAAAUAAAUACGUUUUAUGCAAUAAUUUAAUACAACGAUCCUAUCCCAGGAAUAAAACGAUAUGUACAAUGUGAGAUUUGUACCAUUCUUGUGAUGAAACAGUGCCACACAGCAUUAUAAAUAUUGAGUAUACACGAUGAUUGUAUACAUGUAAAUUAUGUACAAUAAAUACAACUAUCCCCUCUGAAACAA